UAUUUACUGAGUAGGAAGCAUCCAGUAGUGUUCUGCAGCUCGUGUGAGCAACGUGUCUGUCGAGUUCAGUGUGCCGUGCUUUUAAAACGUGGUCUGUGUAACACUGCUGCUGAAAUACAGUAUCAAACUGAUGUAGCAAAUGCUGCCAAAUGAAGUGUUUAUGGUACCAUUAUUUUAUACAAAAUGUGUUAGGUGAAUGUGAAGUGUUGUGGAACAUAUUCAUUAAUAUAACGCUGGACCCACAAAAAUGAAAUGUUACCAAAAUAUAGAAAACAUUCUGGAUAAUAUUUGAAGCAUUAGUAAUUCAGCUUUCUAUUGGAAACGCCAGAUGAAAGACGAUGGCCUCACGAAAAUUUUAAAACUGAAGAGCGUUGUGAUGCGAUUAUAGCCCGCAGAAUGACGCUUCAAGUGGCUUCAACACUGAAACUCUCAAUAGUUGUCGUAGUCCUGACACUUGCUGUCACGAAGGCUCAGAUAGGCAGCGAAUGCUCGGAGACGAAGACCUGCUACGACCAUCAGAACUGCUAUCAUGGCUACUGCAGUUGCGACAGGGGCUACGUACGCAACGACAGACAUUGCUUCAGAGUAAGAAGCUAUGGUGAGACAUGUUUCUUUGACGUGCAGUGCAAUGAUCACCGCAUGGUGUGUGAACCAGACAGCACCAACACGUCAGUGAGAAGAUGCCUCUGUGACAGAAUGCAUGUAUGGAGCAAAGAACGCAAGGAAUGCUUGAUGACUUUGAACGUCACUGAAAUGCUUGCUUCCUUGGAACUCAGCGAGUACUCAGAGAAACUUUCAAAGGAGGACCAGAAGGUGUUUGUUGGUGUUGUAAUAGCGGGCAUCACUGUAGUUAUACUGGGUGCUAUACUCACUGUCAUCUGCAUUUUUUAUGGCUGCUGUCUUUAUGAAUGUGUUGACAAAUGGCAGAUACUGGAAACUGGUGAAAUGCCGAAACAAUCGAAGUGUGGUCCUUCUUGUCCAGAAUUUGUAAAAUCCACAGCGCCAAAAUCUGGCUUCACGUGACACAUACAAAAAAUAAAAGAAGAAACAACGAUCCUCUCGCAUUGGUAUUGGAGGCUGCUCUGUGAAAAUAUUUUUCUGUAAAGAUGUCAAGGAACGAUGUUUUAUAUUGCCCUUUUCACGGUAUAAACUGAAAAAAAUAACAGGGUGGCAUGUUGUGCGAGCCUCAGAACUGUCUGCGGACUCGGUGGUUUAAUAUUUCCGUAAUUCUAAAAAAAGAAAUAAUAAUCACAGUGCAGUGAACCAUCAGAUUUUUUUUAUUAUUUGCCUUAGCCAUCUGUGUGAACUUCUGUCCAAGAGAAACUCUCCUCGAAUCGCCGGUUUGCAACGAGUUGAGAGCAAUUGAACGAAUCUUGCGUCGAUACUGAAAUCGCGCCUUGCAAUCAAAAAAACAGUGAACGAGCGACCACCAAAGCUGUCAUGGCUGACACGAGAGGUCAGGUGUUGUAGGGAGGAGGGGUCGGUGCGAUUAAUACGAGAAAACCAUUUGAAACUCGCAUGUUCAGUGCGUUUACAACGUUCGGUCCGUCGUACAAUGUUGAUGAGAAUGCCUGCCCCCCGUGCGGGAACUGUGAGUGAUCGCUUCUUCUCGUCUGAUUGCGUUUAGCAGAAACGUUCGCUAUAUCGACGAAUGUUUUGCAGCGACUAUGAAGUUUACGAUUUUCAGUGUCCUCUUACACAUACUGGUGAGUGCUAAUCAGCAAGACGAUGGCCAUCAACAGGACAGAAAGGCAGGGUGAGUAUCUCGUUCACAGUGCUUUUAGUUUUGCACGAUCUUCUGUCACGUUCGAUUGUGAGCUAGGCAAAUGCUGUCAUUGUAGACAUGGGUAAUGACAUUAUUCGGCGUUCAUAUUAAUUUGUUGUCCGAGUUGCCUCUCAGCGUGCUGUACAUUUAUGUAGCGAUUUUCUGUUUCUGUGUGUAAUCAAUUCUGUUGUAAAAAUAGUAAAGGAAAAAGAAUAAGCAAGACUGUAAAUAAAACAAUUUUGGAAUAAAUAUACAUUUAAUUUA